AUGGAUACCUCAUCGGAUACAAUAAAGCAUUUGAUUGCGGGUGGUAUUGCUGGAGCACUCUCUCGUACUGUCGUGAGCCCAAUGGAAAGAAUGAAAAUUUUAUUUCAAGUACAAGGACCUAAUAUGGGGGCAUAUACAGGUAUUUGGUCAACGUUAAAUCAUAUGUGGAAAGAAGAAGGUUGGAGAGGAUUCAUGAGAGGAAAUGGUACAAAUGUGAUUCGAAUGAUUCCUUAUAGUGCUUCACAAUUUGCUGCUUAUGAACAAUUUAAAUCGAUUUUAUUAGAAAAGGAGAAAUCAGAAUUAGAUACUCCAAGACGAUUAAUAGCAGGUGCCUUAGCAGGUACUGUCUCUGUCGUCUGUACUUAUCCUUUAGAUCUCGUUCGUACUCGACUUUCAAUUCAAUCUGCUAAUUCACUCUCUUUAAAUCAUAUCAAUGAUAUAUCAUCAUCAUCAUCACCACCACCAGUCGUAAAGAAAAAGCUUCCUGGUAUUGUGCCGACAAUAAAAACCAUUUAUUUAACAGAAGGUGGUUUUCGAGGAUUAUAUAGAGGUUUAUGGCCAACUAUACUGGGAGUCGCUCCAUAUGUUGCCCUUAACUUUCAAUGUUAUGAAGUCUUGAAGGAUUAUUUGAUUCCAAUAGAGGAAAAUUCUGGCAAUAUUAGAAAACUAUUUUGUGGUGCUUUAGCAGGAUCCAUUGCUCAAACUAUUAUUUAUCCUUUAGAUGUACUCCGUAGACGAUUCCAAGUAGUGGGUAUGAAUAAUGCAGAAUACAAGUAUAACGGUACUCUACAUGCGUUAAAGACAAUGGUACAAAAAGAGGGUUUCAAAUCAUUGUAUAGAGGAUUAUUACCGAAUUAUCUCAAAGUGGCUCCUGCAAUGGGUGUCACUUUUUAUUCUUAUGAAUUAUGUAAAGAUAUUAUGCAUGCAAAAUAA